GCUUUGGGAGUCUUCGGCGUGUUGUGCCACGACGAGGAGCCCUCACCCGGUUCAUCACCAGCCACCAGAAGAAUCAUCGUUCAACAACUGCGUAACAAUAGCCCGAGGAGAUUAGUCUCAAUCAUCAUCAUCCCACUAGUUCCAACCACCCAAACGACCACAUAAAAAAUUCCAUCGGAAUUGCACGAGCUUGGAGGUGCGCCAGGUGGUGUUGACCAACUGGUUCACCAAUUCCCUGGUUAAGAAUUUUUCAGGGAAUUGUGAUAUGGAGAUAAUCUGAUGUGGGAAGGUGAUUCACAUGGCACGAGGAAGCACAUGGCUGGUUGUGGCUAUUAUUUUUCCAAGCUCAAGCCGUGAAAAUUGGAAUACUGAAUGGUGAUGUUGGGUGGGUGGGAGCUCAAGUGGCUGAAAGGUAGUGGGGAUGUUCUUGCCAUUUGAAGGGUAUAUCGCAGUGUGUGCUGUGUGUGAAGAGUGACUGAAAUAAGAGGGGGUGGGUUUGGGGUGGCUAGGGUGUGUGUUGGGGGGUAAAAUUAAGUUACGGGGCUGGAUAGGUGGAUCGAUGGUGGUGCUGGCUGCUGGUUAUCGUACACUCUCGUACUCGUGGCUUGUCCAAUGUGGUACAAAUCAACGGGAUCAUCGUGUCCAUCAGUCCAUGAGUGACGAGUGGUCCCGGUAGAUUCGCCUGCUACGAGGAUAUUUCAUUUUGCAUCGUAAUCAUUUCAUGAAUAUGUCAUUUACAAGCUCCGAGUGUCACGCGAAUUGGUGAUACGUAACGAACAUUGUGGGAUAAAGGGUGGGUAAAACAAUUGAUGAUGUACCAUGAUUGAUGGGAUGAUUUAUUUGUUGUGAUGGGGAAGAAGUUUUUGAUGUUUCUUGGUGAAUGCCAGACAUACGUGGGCGUUCGUUGAACUUUCACACCACCUCGUGAUACGAUCGUUCACAUCUCGAGAUUGAGGGGAGUCAACCUGAAUGAGUCAAUGGGAGAUUCUCUGACAAACUUCUUGAGACGAUUUAUCAGGGGAUCAAUGGAAAAAAACUCGGAGAGCUCUCAUGAAAUUCUAUUCGUUGGAUUCGGUGACAUUCGACGGAAUCAACUGAUCAAGUAUUCAUGAAAUUUCCUGUCUUGUGUGAGAGGGAUUCGGUGGAAUGGGGGGGUGUCUUUGAUGCUGAGUAAUCGAACAAUUUUCUUGAGGUAUUGGGUUUACAUGGGCUGAGAGAGACGAGGGAGGUUCUGUGCAUCGGCUAAUUUGUUAAUUGCUGUGCCAAUUACAUCGGUCUGUCGAUUAUAACUGAGUGGAGUACAGUAAUUACGCUGAUCAAUUAGAGGUAGGGGGGCAAAGGAUCGAAGAGGGGAGCUGCAUUUGCAUUGCGAUCAGUCACUUCAAGGGCAUAAUAGAGAGAGGAAUGAAAAAAAGUCCUGGAACAAUCGGAUGGAGUGUGGAGUGAGGGAAUAUUCCAUUAGACAAAUAAUAACUGGCCUGAAUGAGCUAGGAUGGGCAGGAAAUUAGCAGUAUCGCUGAUCAGCAGUAUUGUUGCCGAUGUAGGGGAUACGUUAGCCAAAAAUUUCUGGACUAACUUGAUGAAUGGCGAUUCAGGUGUUAUCGAGUUGACUGGUGUCAGUCUCAUGUCCUCGCUGCUUCACUGGCUACCAAUAAGCCAAUCUCAUAGUCAAUCUGAUAGUGUUGAUAAAGCGGGGGCUAUAGAUACUGGAAUAUUGGAUAAUGCAGAGACUGCGUUCGACCUUCAAGAGGUCGCGCACACCGACCGGGGCGGAAAUGAAGUCACAAUCGAGUUUGGAAGUGCCCAAGCAAGUGAGAUCAGCGUCAUUCGAUGAGAUACAGCUGGAGGCUAAAAGACACGACGACCACGCCAAGUAUCGUGAUCUAUUGACAAGAAUAAACACGGCGUCUUCUUCAUCGUCAUCGUCACCAGCAAGGUCGUCAGACCAGCGUCUGGCGACCCUGCGGGUGCCGCAAUUGCAAAAUGCCCAGAGAUCAAAAUCCGUUGAUGUUUAUGAGAGGGGAUCACUGCUGUCAUCAUCACCAGCUAGAUCAUCUGGCUCCUCGGGAUCACGAAAGAGUGAUACACCCUUGAUACAGCUUUCCGGGUGUUACCACUGUGCCUGCGUUGAAGAGUGGAAGGCGCAAUUUUUCAGGAAAGAUGACAAUGACUCUGAGCCUGAUGACGAGGACGAGGACGAGGAUCUCGAUGAGAUCAGUAUUGAAGUUGUUGAUACUGAUAAUGAUGAGGAGACGAGGAGGGAGGGUAGCCCGGAGAUUCGGGUGACUCUGACGAAUUAUGAGAGGACGGCUGAUUGUCAUUCACAUCGACAACUCACUGAUCCCAGGCCAGAUGUUAUACCUGGUGAGAGACCCAGAAGAUUAUCACGACAGGAGGCUGUUAUAUCGUUUCCUAUUGAACCACCAUCAAUUCUUGGUCCAGAUGAUGAAGACGACGAGUCCAGGGGCGACGACGACGAUGAGGACGAUGUUAACAAGUGCAAACUCGUGGUCAGGGAUAUUUUUCUUACUGUACCCGAGUUGAAGAGAGAUCGUGCUGCGUCUGUUGAUUCGUGUUUCAAUAAUAAAAAUGGUAAUGGGGAUGGGGGUGACUGUCUUACUGUGCCCCAGCAGAACACUAGGUCCAAGAGUGUUGACAUUGUUUUGCCUACUGAUCAGCAGACGAGGUACACUGCUUUACUACCCAGCAAGGAUCACAGAGCCAGAGGGGGCAGGGAAGAAGCCGCCAGUGGCAGCAGAGAGCCGAGAUCAACCCCAGAUUGGGGCCCAAAUGCUGUCAAUGGUGAGCACCUCUGGGUACCCACAGCAGCUUCUGGGGAUUUCUGUUACGCCAAUGAUUGUUCGAAACAUGGACCCAGGCUGAAGUGCGCAGCGUGUCGGGUGGUGGCACACGCCCUGUGUGCAGGAAAUUUGAAUUUCGAUUGCAAACCAAGUUUUCGUGAUGUAGGUGUUCGUCAAUACCGCGAACAAGCAUCGACCCAUCAUCACUGGGUGCACAGACGCUCGCAGAAGGGCAAAUGUGCCAAUUGCUCAAAAGCAUUUCAAUCUAAAUUGAGCUUCAGCUCUAAGGAAAUAGUUGCAGUGAGUUGUAGCUGGUGCAAACAGGCUUAUCACAACAAGGAGGCGUGCUACAACAUGGAUAGAGUCGGUGAGAACUGUCAAUUGGGUACACAUGGUAGUAUAAUGGUGCCACCCUCUUGGAUUGUCAAGCUGCCGCGCAAGGGAAGUUUCAAAAGUAGUUUGCGUAAAUCACCGAGAAAAAAGAAGGGCGGAGCUGGUGGUGGUACGGGUGCAUCAGCAAGGAGAAAGAGCAAGUGCGGUGACAAGGAUAAAGACGAUAAGGAUCAGGGAAAGUUGUGGGCGAUAAAGCCCAUUCCAUCACCAAAUAUUCGGCCAGUUGUUGUCUUCAUAAAUCCAAAGUCCGGGGGCAAUCAAGGGGCUAAAUUGCUCCAGAAGUUUCAGUGGCUGUUGAAUCCACGACAGGUGUUUGAUCUCACGCAGGGUGGACCCAAGAUGGGUCUUGAGCUAUUUAUGAAAGUACCCAAUGUUCGGGUACUUGCUUGUGGUGGCGAUGGAACUGUUGGAUGGGUUCUCUCGAUUCUUGAUCAAAUUGGAGCGUCACCACCACCCGCCGUUGGCGUUUUACCACUCGGCACUGGCAACGAUUUAGCUAGAGCACUUGGAUGGGGCGGUGGCUACACCGAUGAGCCUAUUGGAAAAAUUCUAUCCAACAUUGGUGACAGUGAGACAACUCUCCUGGACAGGUGGGAGGUCAAUGUCGAGAGAAAUCCAGAUGCCACUGGGGAUGAUGAUGGGGGCAAGGGGAAGGAAAAUCUGCCACUCAAUGUGGUGAAUAAUUAUUUCUCACUUGGAGUUGAUGCGCAUAUUGCACUGGAAUUUCACGAGGCCAGGGAGGCACACCCUGAAAAAUUCAACUCUCGCCUCCGGAACAAAAUGUUCUACGGGCAGAUGGGUGGUAAAGAUCUACUCCUCCGGAAAUGGAAGGAUCUGUCGGAAUUCGUGACUCUGGAGUGCGACGGCCAAGACAUGACCCCAAAACUCAAAGAGCAUCGGGUGCACGCCAUUGUCUUCCUCAAUAUACCGUCUUACGGUGGUGGUACACAUCCCUGGGGUGGCGGAAGUGGCACCAAAGAGCCAGCCACUGAUGAUGGACUUUUUGAAGUGGUUGGUCUUACGACUUAUCAACUUCCGUUGCUCCAGGCUGGUGGUCAUGGUACCUGCAUCACCCAGUGCAGCAGAGCUAAAUUAAUCACAACGAGAACCAUUCCGAUGCAGGUCGACGGCGAGGCAUGCCGCUUGCUUCCCUCAAUAAUUGAUAUAAAACUCUUGAACAAAGCGACAAUGUUGGCGAAACGAAGAAGAACAAGUAAGCCAUCGCAAAAUGUGGGUGCUAAGCUGGAGAGUUUAAAAUUACCCCUAAUGAAAAUCAAGAUGGCUGACUACAUGGCAUAUCACUCGGACAAAGAUCGUUUGAGAAAAACAGCUGUUGCCUGGCGAACAGAGCCCCUGGAGCUGGAAGCAACGAUGGACCUGGAGUCCCUGAGACAGAUGCUGAGCAAAGAGUACCCGAUGGACUCAUGCUGCUUCCUCGAUUCCUACACAGCGGAGAGAUUCUUCAGGAUCGACAGAGCCCAGGAGCAGCUCCACUACGUGACUGACGUCGCUGCUGAAGCUGUUUACAUUCUCAACGAGGAUUCAGGUAGUCAGGCCCCAGUCGAUACUGAGACUGGGACUUAUCCAGAGCCAGAGACAGCCCAGGCAUCACCCUGUGAGGAUAAAAUGCGGCUCGGUUCGUUGGAGGAGAAAAUACCAGUGGCAAUCGAGAAGAGGAGAGACGCGGUGGAGAAGGCCAAGAGCUUUGACUCUGUCUCGGAGAAGAGAUUGGAAUUGCAGAAGGAGCGCAAGAGCUUUGAGGACCUCAAUGAAGACAACAUGAGAAAGCAGAGUUCAUCGAAAUUUGUGGGAGCUGGACAAUCUCACAGAGAGACAGGCUCGACCUUCAUCAGUCCUCGGGACAGACUGUUCAGUCUCUCCUCGGAGGUUCACACUUUCAACAGUGGUCUUCUCGAGAAAACCUCUGAUGGAAUUAUUAUGGCAGCUAAGGUCGGGGAUCUCAAGACCCUCAGGGAACUCCAUGAGAGGGGAUACUCUCUACUCUCCAUCGAUGCCAAUGGACAGACAGCUCUGCACAUCGCCGCUAGACAUGGUCACAAGGAUAUCAUUCGAUAUCUCGUUGCCUGUGCACCAUCUACCAUUCUUAAUAUGGUUGACAACGACAAGGGACAGACGGCUUUGCACAAAGCUGCCCAACAGAAACGUCGCUCAAUUUGUUGCAUGCUCGUUGCCGGAGGUGCAGCCCUGACUGUUCGAGAUCGACACGGAAAUACUCCCCAGCAGCUCGCCCUCAUUGCUGAGGACCGGGAUCUUGCAGCCUACCUUCACAGUCAGGAGCAGUUUCAACUCGUCACCGAGGACAUGCAAAACCUUCCCUGACCUCUCGCUGUGUUCUGAGAAAUCGUCAGAUGUGACUUUCGAUUUUUAAAUCUCGGAAUAUUAACCUGAGGGGCUGCGGCUGUCAGGUGUAGAUUUCUUAGGGAUCAAAAUUUUUGAUCAAAUUAUUGAGUCGGUUGUUCCUUGAAAUGGAGCAACUCAUUGGGAUCGUCAUAUCUCUACUAGACGUUAAACACACAAGUAAGAAAAUGAUUCAAUGGAAAUUCGAUUGAAAGAGCAUUCUCUAUUUUUAAUUACCUCGAGAAUUAAUAUUAUAUAUUUACAAAAACCGUUCACCAGAUUAUUAACAAUCCAGUGUAUCUCUGUUGGGAACGAUUGCUCCUUUUGUAAUAUAAGAUUCAUCUCGUGUGACGUUUAUCGUGAUGAAGAAAUAUCGAACUGUUAAUGAGAAUUUUAUGAUGAAGAGAAGUUUUAUUCGAUAUAAUCGACUCUCGUCGCUCUUUUUCAGAUGAUAAUCAACUCGAUUUUAAGGUAAUGAAAAAAAAAGUAUUAUUAUGCCACUUGGAAUAAAUUCGAAGGCACGUGGCAUAAAUCUAUUAUAAUGUAUUGUAAUCAGAGUAUCACCUCUAUUGGAUUAUACCCAACGCGUCUCAUUCGUCAGUUGGUAUUAUUAUUAUGAGAGGGUGGGAAUUUUGGUGGGUGGGGGGAUGAGGAAAUAGUGAAUUUAAUUAUCGGUACCAAAAUGAAAAAAUGGGGAUCAACGUACGAACACCAAUUAGUUCUUAGAUACGGUCUAUUGCUAAACUAUAUUAAAUUAUAUUUAAACUACUUAAUGAGGGACUAAGUUGUCAUGAAUUCCUGCAGUUGAGGACGCCAGGUCCGUGAUUUACUCCCUCACAGGAAAUUCUCUUGUGGGGGAUGACUUUCAGUUUCAGUUGAUAAAUGUACUUUAUCGGAUGACUGUUUACUAUGUUAUAUAGUUCAUGAAAUUCGCUCCAAUUCACGGCAAUCGAUAGGGAUGAGAAAUGAGGGGAAAAGAAUGACAGAUACUCGAAAAUUCUCACAAAAUUGGGAUAACUUAUUUAUCAUUUUGGCUUUAGGAAUGCUGUACAAUCAUGUGUAUACACUUGCUGAUGAACAAAAUGUACAGAAACUGUUGUCUCCCAUAUACUUAAACAAGGCGAAACCCAGACUAUUGUGGGCACUGUACAUUCAAAAAUAUAUGAGAGAGUGAUCGAUCGUAACGUGUAAAGACAUUGCCACUUUCAAUCAACUCCAACGAGACAGACUUAUCGAUGACGCGUUGUCGAGUUCUCUUCUUGUACUUAAACGAGAUAACAAAUGCCUUCUGUGGUCCACUUUAAAUUUACAUUCUAGGUAGUUAAAGGUAUCAAGUAGCGAAUGUGUAAUUGUCUUAAUCGAGCAAUUAGUGGGGAGGGGAGUGGAAAAUGUCGGCGAGUGGAGGAUAAAAAUUGUAACACAGUAUUGCCUUCCUUAUGGGCGCUGAUUCGAUCUGGAUUAUCCAAUUAUUUACGUUUAUAGAUUCAAUAAAAUGUCGGACAAUCAACGAUGAUAAUCCAGAUCGAAUUAAUUCGCCUCUCACGUUACAAGGAUCCCCCGACGAAUGACGAAUUAUUGGAGUUACAUCUAACUGGAUAACUAUUUGGCCCUAGAGAUAAUUACUGUUUUCCUGUUAUUGUUGAGAUGAAUAUCAUUUGUUUCCAGUAUUUGAUUUUGUAAAUUCUACUGUUACUAAAUUGUUCGUUACUUUUAUUCAGUGUUUGUCGACUGUAUUCGAAUAUUUCAAUCGAGCGUCAAUGAUCUACUCAUGAAAUUUCGAGACGCUUCCAAUUUUUUAACACUUGGCACGUUAAUUCCUUCAAUUAUUUUCUCUUCAUCAAACAGCACGGAGCUUCAAUUCAAUUUGCCGAUACAAACAGCUACGGAUGAGAUUUUCAAGUACACCUUAACGAACGGAAAAUCGAGAGAAAUAAAGUGGGAUUCAACAAAUUGGGUCGAGAAGAUUAAAUUCUUCGUUUAUACGAGGAGAACAGUUUAUUCAGUAGCAAGUCAUGUUUUUAUAUCAUUUCAGGAAUUAUUUGCACUUGAAGCUGAGUUUUUUUUUUCACUGAGAUGACGAGAAAAUAUUAUUGAGAAUUUUCUACCACCGAAUAUUUUAUUUCUCGUUGAUGAAUCCACGGAAUAAAUUUUCAAGCACGAGGAAAGCUGUGGAACAUUUAAAAGGAAAAUUGGAAAAUCUUUCUAGUUGAAUGAUGUGUGUAUUAUAAAAGCCCUCGUAUGUAUUUUGAUGGAGGAGUGAAAGAUUGCGGCCUGUUGAUAUACCCUGAGAGAUUAAUUGACUUUAAACACCUAGAUCGUAUGGAAACAAUCGUUUUAUCACUAUAAAUGAUAAAAAAUAAACUACGAAUCUCUACCAUUGUUAUAAUUUGUUAUUGUUUUACCAUUAGGUUACUGAUUGAUUCACCUAUUGAAUUAUCAAUAUCAAUUAAUUAUCGGGAUCUGAAGGAUUAGACGCUGUCACUUAAUCAUCAAAUAAAUGACGAAAAUUGUAUUUAAUCAAAGGACAAAUGUUUUUCUACAAAUCCUCUGUGUGUCGGAUUUACUAAGUAGAAGGAAUAAUAGGGGAAGAGACUAUUUUGAAAAUUCCUACUAGAUUGUAAUGAUCAUGGAAAUCACCAGUUCGAUUCGAGACUACUGUUGUAUUUAUUAACCGAUAUUUUUUCAUUACAAGAUCAGGUCAUUUGUUGAUAACUGAUAAGACAGUCGAGGGGAGGAGGGACAGACAAAUGAAAAGGUGGAUAGAAGGAUAAUGGAAGAAAAAUCGAGAGAAACUAGUGAUAAAGCUGCUGUGAAUUUGCGAAAUGGUCGACAUUGUUUGAGAGAAAAUGCUGAGGAAGACAGAAAUAGUGAAAACAAUACAAGUAUCUUGAUAUUUAAUCAGUUAUAAUUGUUAUUACUCCAUUGUUUGAAGAAUUUGAAUACAUCAUUAAUUCUAAUUUCAUCAGAAUAAUUAUCAAUCAUUAUCGUUCAUUAUUAAAUAUAUGGUAUUUUUUUUUCAUCAUCAAUUAUUUGCUUGUAUGUCAAUUGUUCGAUUCAAUAGACAUUUUUUCAGUACUUUCCAAUGGAAUCUCAACGUAAUUCGUAAUGUCUACUUAUUAUUAUAAUUGUUAGAUACUGUAUGACGAAAAAUUCAGCGACUUAACGAGUGAGAAUGUGAGAGAAAGAAAAUAAUACUAUUCAAGGUAACAUUGUAAUUGAUAAUGACGAGACCAUUAUAUUUUUUCUUCGAUUGAAAAUGAAAAAAAAAAAAAACGAAAUAAAUACAGAGACUUUUUUGCGCUGUAAAGUUUAUUAAAUUUUACGAUAAUAAAGCACUUUACGAAUA